UCCCGAGCUGGAAAUAAAACGGAGGGCGGGAGGUGCUGAGCAGGGAAGUAUUGUAAAGAGGUUAGGAGACUGUGAGGGGGAGGUCCAACAGAGUCCAGGUGAGAAGGAUGGAAUAUGCCAUGAAGUCCCUCAGCCUUCUCCACCCCAAGUCCCUGUGCAGGUUUGUGCCAAUGAGCACCUCAGCAGUGACCCAGCAGCUGCUGCCAUUGCCCAGCCAGAAGCCCCUCAGAGCCCGGCCCUGCAGAGUGAGCACCAAGGACCGGAGCGUGCGGAAGGGCAUCAUGGCGCACAGUCUGGAGGACCUCCUCCACAAGGCCCGGGACAUCCUGAUGCUGGAGGACAAGCCCUUGUUCCUGGUCCUGGAGGAAGAUGGCACAGCAGUAGAGACAGAAGAGUACUUCCAGACCCUGGCAGAUGACACAGUGUUCAUGGUCCUCCAGAAGGGGCAGAAAUGGCAGCCCCCAUCAGAGCAGGGCACUAGGUACCAACUCUCCCCCUCCUGUAAGCCUGCCAAGAAGAUCGAUGUGGCCCGUGUAACUUUUGACCUGUACAAGAUGAACCCACAGGACCUCUUUGGCUGCCUGAAUGUAAAGGCAACUCUCUAUGGCACAUACUCCCUUUCCUACAAUCUGAACUGCUAUGGAGCCAAGCGCAUGAUGAAGGAAACUCUUCGGUGGGCCCUCCUCAGCAUGCAGGCCACGGGCCACGUGCUGCUCGGCACCUCCUGUUACAUGCAGCAGCUUCUGGAUGCCACAGAGGGAGAGCAGCCUCCCAAGAGCAAGACCCCAUCCCUCAUCUCAACCUGUCUGAAGAUGCUGCAGUGAAAGCCCACGUCUUUGGAGGCCUUCUCCUGCCAAGGACUGGACUAGAGACCCCAUGCUCAGCUGGUAGCACCCACAAGCCUGGCAGUUAGAGAGCUUCUUACCUCCCUACAUCUCCCUCAUCCCCACAGGACUAUGAAUGUGGAAGCAGGGGGAAAGGCUGGAAACCGGGGGUGGGCUGGCCAAAGGAGAACUGAGGGGUUUUGGCCUGGCCCAGUUCCUUCCUACGCAAGGUAGCUUAGCUGACCAAGACUGGUCACCAACAGGCUAGGCAGGAAGUCUGCCCCUCAGCUACCUGCCUUCACGUGCUGUACUUUCAUCACACUCCCUGCCUCCUGGCCACCAUCCCUAAUACUACUGAGUGAAUUGUCAGGCCCACUAGUGUAUGAUAUGAGAGAGUUCACAAGAAAUGAUUUACGCUGAUACAUCUUUGCCUGUGUUCUUUGGCGAUGAGGGUGGGUUUCUAUCUGGAAAGUUGAAAAAGUCUAAGGGAAAAGAAGAAUCAAUUGUCAAGUCAUUCUCCAAAAUGUGGAGUUACAGGAAAUAGCACUUUUUCUGCCAAAAAAAAAAAAAAAAAAAAAAAAUUGCAGUUGAUUCUGGAACUAAUGUCUGCUUAACCAGAAACUUGAGCAAACCAUAUAAACCAUAUACUAAAUAACAAUUUACUAAAAUAACUUUGCCUAUCAGAAGGGCUUUAUUGGCAGGGUGAGAUUCAGGCACUUUCUAACUUCUCAUUGUUGCACUUCAUUACAACCUUUUAAGUGUUUAGGUGAUAAAGCAGUAACCAAGUGGUAACACAGCUCUCCAUCAAUGCCUUCCCUAACUUGCCAGACAGUUCAGAACUGUGAGCUUCAACAUUUCAAAAUGAGCUGUUAAGUAGCCACAAAGAAUAUUAAUUUCUCAUCACCGUGAGCUGGGAUUUUUCAUAUAGAACAUCGCAAACAAAACAAGCAAGAAAGGCUAGGUUUGCAGUUGAUCAUGCUUUAGUCUGUAUCUCUCAGAUUAAAAAAUGUGUCGUUUCUGACCCUUACUUAAAGUCUGUUUGGACUUAUUAAGAACAAAGACAGCCCUGACUGGUGUGGCUCAGUGGGAUGGGCGUCAUACCAAAACAGAAAGGUUACUGGUUUGAUUCCCAGUCAGAGCACAUGCCUGGGUUGCAGGCUGGGUUCCUGGUUGCGGAUGUCCUAGAGGCAACUAUCAAAUUUUCUCUGGCACGCCAAUGUUUCCCUCCUCUCUCUUCCUCCCUUACCCUCUCUCUAAAAGUAAAUAAAUAAAAUCUUAAAAAAAAAAAAAAGAACAAAGACAAAGGCCUGGGUUACCAAAGAUAGAGUUGGAGAGUUAAUGCUGGCAGCUGACCCAUACAUACCCUGCAGCCAUGUAUGGGAGGAGCUGCCAGAGGUAGCAGAACAUUUUCUGCUCUGGGCUUUCCUGCUCUUGCAGUUAUGGCUGGAGGCUGGGCUCAAUGCCAUCCUGGCUCCAUGGGAUGGGUCUUCUCACAUGGAGGCACAGUGUUUAUGUCAGCAUAGAAGCUGGUUCUGGUCACCCUUUGCUGAGGCUAUAGCCUACUUACUCCUCCUAUAAAAUUAGUCAUACCCUGAGUUGGGCUGGGGGGUGGCAGAUGCUUGGAAUUUGUCCCCACUCUCCCUCCACCUGAGUUUAGAGUUUCUCGAGUGAGUCUUGCGUGACUGACUCUUGGCACUGAGCCAUCCCAGCCCAGGAAAAUAGAUUCUUCCUUUUCUUCAAGGAGCUUGGAGAUUAAUGGAGUGGCACUGGCAGUGGGCAGUGAACAGGAGAGGGUAGGCUUUGAUGAGGCUGGGGCAUGUUCAGGGAAAAUUCCAGAGUGUGGGAGUUCAAACCUCAAUGGGGCCAGCAGUUAGUCCAAGAAGAGGAAUGGCCCCUCCUGGAGCCAAGCACAGGAGUGAAGAAGAGGUCUGCUGCAGUUAAGGCAGGCCUGGUCCCAGCUACUCUGCCUUAGUCUUUCCAUCUUGCUCAAGCUGGUGCUUUUGGUAUGGGAGAAGCUCCCAGAAACUCGGUUCUUCUCACUGAUGCAGUAAAGACUUACAAAUCAGCAAGCCUACUAGCAUGCAAGUGAAGCUCAGGAGCGCUAGGUUCUAAUGGGAAAGGGAAAGCAAGUGUGGCUAGAGCAGGGGUGGCAAAAACAGGGUGGCCAGAGGCUGGCUGGCCAGGGGCCCCCAGUGUAGCAAAAAGAACCAAGAGCGCCAAGAGGGCGAGUCCUUUGUCCUGAGACGUUCUAGAGUUGGUGGGGUCGGGGCAAGGAAGUGACAGGUAAAUGUGGUGCCAGCUUCCUUUGGGGAGACGUAACUACCUGAACGUAGGUAUGUGUGAAGGUCCAUUAGCUGGAAUCCUUAUCUUGCUCCAGACUCUAUUUGUUCAUUUUGCAUACAUGAUGGGAGACAGGCAGUUAACCAAAGAAGUUUUAGGGGUUUUUUUCCCCCUUUGGGCAUGGUAGUCCCUUCUCCCUUCCAGGCCUUGGGAUGAAUACACAGUCUUAAGAUUUUCCAUUUCCCAGCUAGUGGAGAUGAUACACACAGACUUUUAAGGGCUUCUCCCUGCACUAUCAUAGUUUUGCUUAUGUUACUCUGAAUGGCUGGCAGCCUUAUUGGGCCAGGCUCAGGACUGCUGGGUCAACGGGUGAGCCUUUGCUUUUAGCCUCCUGUAUUAAGUUCUUCGUUAGAUUGCAAAGGUGAGGGCCCUGCCUUUAUUUCCCCUCUGGAUGCUCAUUCUACUGUAACACUUAUAAAUGUACAAGAGACCUUCAGAAGAAAGAUUCUAAAAUACCGUGGGGCCUUUUGACAAAGCACACUAAUGUCCAAGCGUAAAACAAGAUAAAGCCCCUUGCAUUCUUGCCAAAGUUCUUGUCAGUACUGUCUAUUUGCCCACACCAAUUUAAGAAUUGAUUAUUUAAAUCUUUGAAUUAGAAAUACAGCUUCUUGAGGUAUAACUUAUAUACAAUAAAAUUCACCCUUUUAAGAUGUAUAUAAAGUUCAGUGAAAUUUGGGCAAAUCUACACAGUAUGUGACCACCAUUUGCAGCGCGCCAAAAAGCUGCCCCUUUCAGUCAACCCCCAUCCCGCCACCCACCCCAAGCCUCUGGCAUCCACUUGGUUUUCUGCCAACACAGUUUGCCUAUUCUCAAAUAUCAUGUACAUAGAA